AUGGAUUUCUGCUGCAGCUGGAAGUGUGGCAACAGGCCUUGCCGGGCAGCCCGUUAUACGCCUUGCUGUGCUGGAUGGGUGGGCCCCACUGUGCUGCUCUGCGUCUAUGGUUUCUUCUCCAUGAUGAGACCCAUAGAGCCUUUCUUGACAGAGUUUUUCACGGGACCUUACAAGAAUCUCACCGCAACACAGGUAACUACACAGGUCUAUCCUGUGUUGACUUACUUCAGCCUGGUUUUCCUCAUCCCAGUCCUCCUGGUGACAGACCUCCUGAGGUACAAGCCUGUAAUCGUCCUCCAGGGGCUCUCCUAUGUCACAGCCUUUCUGCUGGUACUUCUUGGCUCGGGGAUCCGCGCAGCUCAGGUGGCACUCUUCAGCUACAGCAUUGCCAUGGCAGCAGAUGUGGCUUAUUUCACCUACAUUUACAGUGUGGUUCAGCCCAGCUACUAUCAGAGAGUGACCAGUUAUGUCCGAGGGGCCAAUCUGCUGGGCUACGCUGUGGGUGCCCUGCUGGCUCAAAUCCUACAGUCUUUGGGCGGGGUGUCUUUGUAUUGCUUGGCUUUUGUGACUCUCAUCUCUGUGUCCAUAGCACUGAUAACUUCCCUGUUACUGCCCAUGCCUAAGACUAGUUUAUUUAUUAAGGAAAACUAUUCUGUACAACAGAGAAACGCAGAUGAGGACGCUGACAAAUCAGAAAGUCAGUACUACAUCUGGGUUUGGAGCGUGACAGCUGCCAGGCAUAUUGGGAGGAUGUUCACAAGGCUCGUAUUGGACUGUAAGCAAUGUUAUUCCUCUGUGGCUGUGCUCUUCUUCUGCAUAUGGGCAGCUACGGGGAGGUGCGGCUUCUACCAGGUUGCAAGCUAUGUCCAGCUCCUCUGGCUUUACAUUCAACCCCAUAACUUCACCGCCUACAAUGGAGGAGUGGACGGCAUCGGCACAUUGUCAGGAGCUGCAGCCACUGUAGCUGUGGGCCACAUGUCUCUGGAGUGGUCUGUGUGGGGGGAACUGCUCCUGGGGGUUUUAACAUUCCUGAUCGCUGGGGCUGUAUUCCUGAUGGAUUUGACCGACAACAUCUGGAUCAGCUACACAUGCUACAUCUUGUCCAAAACGAUAUACAUGCAGCUCGCCACCAUCUGCAGUUUUCAGAUAGCUAAGACACUGAGCAGGAAGCGCUAUGCGUUGGUUUUCGGCAUCAACAUCUUCAUGGGAAUGGUACUCCAGAGUGUCCUCACUGCCAUCGUCAUCAAUACCAAGUCUCUACAGCUCACUAUCACUUCCCAGUUUGUCAUCUACGCCUCAUUCUUUGUUGCUGUUUCCCUGCUGCUCACCGUCAGAGGCGUGUAUACUGUGCUACACAUGAAACGUGCUGCUGCAGGCAACCAGGCAGAAAGAGCCACCAACCUGCCAGAAGGCUCCCAUGAUCUGUGACCAAGCUCUAAAAAUAUACACAACUCACACAAAUGUAAUGGAUUACCCCAGUGCCAGCAAUCAGCAGCAAAAAAAAAGCUUGGACACACUGUAAAUACAUGUGUAGAGCGUCAUUAGCAGGAUUUUCAAUGAUUCACUUUU